AUGGGGUGGCGGCUGGUCUUGAUUAGGUCUUCUUCUUAUUCCUCCUCUUCCCUUCUUUCUCUUCUCCCCCUCUUCUUCUUAUUCCUCCUCCUCUUCUUCUUCUUCAUCUUUUUCUUCCUCUUUUCAUCCCCUUCUUCUUAUUCCUUCUCCUCUUCUCCUUCUCUUCUUCUUAUUCCUCUCUUCCUCCUCCUCUUUUUUUCUUCUUCUUAUUCCUUCUCCACCUCCUGUUCUUCCACCUGUUUUCCGCUUCUGAAAGGAAAUGGUGGGGGAUGGUCUUCAUUAGAUCAUCUUAUUCCUCCUCUACCCUCCUUCCUCUCCUCCUCCUCUUCUUCCACCUCUUGUCUUCUUCUUAUUCCUCCUGUUCUCCUUCCUCUUCUCCCCCUAUUCUUCUUAUUUCUCCACCUCUUCUUCUUAUUCCUUCUCCUCUCCUCCUCCUCCUCUUUUCAUCCCCUUCUUCUUAUUCCUUCUCCUCUUCUCCUUCUCUUCUUCUUAUAUCUCUCUUCCUCAUUCUCUUUUUUCUUCUUCUUAUUCCUUCUCCUCCUCCUGUUCUUCCACCUGUUUUCCGCUUCUAAAAGGAAAUGGUGGGGGAUGGUCUUCAUUAGGUCUUCUUCUUAUUCCUCCUCUUCCCUCCUUCCUCUUCUCCACCUAUUCUUCUUAUUCCCCCUCCUCUUAUUCCUUCUCUUCCUCCUCUUCUUCCACCUCUUGUCUUCUUCUUAUUCCUUCUCUUCCCUUCUUCCUCUUCUCCUCUUCUUCUUAUUCCUCAUCCUUUUCUUUUUCCUCUUCUUCUUCCUCUUUUCAUCCUCUUCUUCUUUUUCCUUCUCCUCCUCUUCUUCUUACUCCUCUCCUCCUCCUCCUCUUUUACUCCUUCUUCUUAUUCUUUCUCCUCCUCCUCUUCCACCUCUUUUUUCCGCUUCUAAAAGGAAAGGGGGAGGGGGAUGGUCUUCAUUAGAUCUUCUUCUUAUUCCAACUCUUCCCUUCUUUCUCUUUUCCUCUUUUCCUCCUCUUCUUAUUCCUCCUCCUCUUCUUCUUCUUUUUCUCCUCCUCCUUUUCUUAUUCCUUCUCCUCCUCCUCUUCUUCUUAUUCCUCUCCUCCUCCUCUUUUUCUUCUUCUUAUUCCUUCUCCUCCUUCUCUUCUUCCACCUCUUGUUCUACCUUUAAAAGGAAAAGGGGAGGGGGCUGGUCUUCAUUAGGUCUUCUUCUUAUUCCUCCUGUUCUCCUUCCUCUUCACCUCCUCUUCUUCUUAUUCCUCCCCUCUUCUUCUUCCUUUUCUCCUCCUCUUCUUCUUAUUCCUUCUCCUCUUAUUCUCCUCUUCUUCUUAUUUCUCUCCUCCUCCUCCUCUUUUUCUUCUUCUUAUUCCUUCUCCUCCUCCUCUUCUUCCACCUCUUUCUCCACCUUUAAAAGGAAAUGGGGAGGGGAGCUGCAUGUCUUUAUGCUAUCUCUCUUACACCCGGUUAUUUCAAACAUAUACACAAGCUCGAUCUUCUUCUUCUUCUUUCUCCUCUUCUUCUUCAUCCCCCACUUCUUCUUCCUCUUUUUCUUCUUCUUCUUCUUCUUUCACUUCUUCUUCUUCUUCCUCUUCUUCUUCUUCCUCUUCUUCUUCUUCCUCUUCUUCUUCCUCCUCUUUUUCUUCUUCUUCUUCUUCUUUCACUUCUUCUUCUUCCUCUUCUUUUUCUUCUUCUUCCUCCUCUUUUUCUUCUUCGUAUUCUUCUUAUUCAUCCUCCUCUUCUUCCUCUUCUUCACCCUCCUCUUCUUCACCCUCCUCUUCUUCUUUUUCCUCAUCUUCCUACUCUUCUUCUUCCUCCUCCUCUUCUUCCUCUUCUUUCUCCUCUUCCUCCUCUUCUUCUUCCUCUUCAUGUUCUUCUUCCUACUCCUCUUCUUCUUCUUUUUUUCUUCUUCCUCUUCUUCUUAUUCUUCCUCCUCCUUUUCUUCUUCCUCUUCUCCUCCCCCUUUUCUUAUGCUUCUUUUUCUUCUUCUCCUCUUCUUCUUAUUCCUCCUCCUCCUCUUCUUAUUCCUUCUCCUCCUCCUUCUUCUUCUUCCACCUCUUCUUCUUCUUCUUCUUCAUUGUCCCAACAAUUCUCUUCUUCAUGGCUCUCGAUAA